AUGGGCCCGGAGAACGAGGCGGAGGCAGAGGGGGGCGUGGACGCCGCCUGGCCCCGCUACGAGGGUGGCAAGCGCCUGGACCGCACAUGGCUGAAAAGCCGCGGCGCGCAACGCUGCAUGCGUUGCGGCGAACGCGCGGACAUCGCGCAGCGUGUUUCGCGCAAGUGCCAGCAGCGGGGCACGGGCGCCCGCGACGCGCGCAUGCGAGCGGUGACAAGGCCCAGGGCGCUGAACCGCAUUUGCAAAGGCGCGCGGCAGCGCAAGUUCCCUAGCGCGACAGAAUGCCCAGCCUGCCGGGCUGAUGCAGCGCUGUGA